AUGCGGCUGGGAAUGCGGCGCUGUCGGACGGCGCAUAUUUUUAGUGGGGGUUGCAGCAAGCUGGCCUGGUGCCGGACCGGCCGCAUCGCGGAUAUGAGCCGUGAGGACGAGAGGACGCAUCGACAUCGACUGGCCGCUGUGGCUACGGUGGCCAUGUUGGCAGCCCUGGUGGGAUUCCCCUCCGCCGCGGCCAGACCGGAAGGCGGUGGCGCCGAGCAGCCCGAGAGGCGGCUCAAGGAGAACCCGCACCUGCCGCGGCUCACGCCCGACGAGAUCAAGGGGCUGAUCCGCGAGAUCACCGCCAACGAGACGGGCCAGCCGGACGACGCCGUCGCCACUACCGUCACUGCUGCCACCAUAACCACCACCACCACCACCACCACCACGACCGCCAGCAGCAACACCGACACCAACAGCUCCGACCGCGGCGACCGCUCGCUGGUGCUGGUGAUGAGCCACAGUGCUGCCAACAUGAGCGGCGAGCGUCUGCAGUCUCUGUUCACGCAGCCGCCAGUCACCAGGGUGGUGCCCGACGAGCUGCUGCACCAGUCGCCAGGGGCCCAGCAUCAGUACAAGCCACCAGCACCUCCGCGACCAGCUCAGGACAUCCAGAGAGUGACUGCUGGACCUGUCCGCAGCAGACCAGCUACCACUGUGCCACCCAACCACCGGCCAUCCUACGAUGAGCUGGAGCACGUGCAGGGGCAGGAGUGGAAGGAGCAACUACCAGCCAAACAGACUGAACGACCGCUGAUCUUCAACUUUUUUGACGACGAAGACUUUAUUGGAUCUACGAGACCACCCCCUGAACCAACCACUGAACGUCAGACAUCGAUCACGAGCAACAUCCAGCUAGACCAACGGACGACGCAAUAUCCAGAGGCAACUGAAGAUACUGCAACCCAGAAUCAUGGUGCAGAAUACACGACAGAGGACAUCCAACGGCCUAUGACCAAUAAACCACCUAGCAAGCCGAAUAGAUUGAGUGGAUAUAAGAAUCAACAAAGACACUCGCCCCUGAGAGGUUCAAUGAGAAGAAAGAAACCAGUUCAGUCAAGCAGCAACCAAUACAGUUUUGGCGUUACGACAGAUCAGACCAGUAUUGACCAAACAACUUCAGAAAAUCAUUUUAGCUACAGGGAAACUUCAACAACGACUCCAACAACGACAGAUACGUGGAAUGAAGAUGCAAAGCGACAAAUUAACAUCACAGAAGAUGUAACAGCACAAACUGUGAGACCAGCUGUACCAGAGAACUUUGAAAUAACUGUUGGAAGUUAUAACACGAAACCAAAGAUUACAUUUCAGAAGGGGAAUCUGGAUGCAGAAUCGCCUACAGCAGAUAUUAUUUACAGUGAAGACUGGAGACCACCUCUUGCUAUCAAGCCACACAGUGAAGAGCCCAUUACCGAGGAGCUCUCUGGACACAUUAGACAGUCCCAGACUACCACUUCCAGGGCUAGCAGCAAUACCCAAAGACCUUUCCAGGCUGUUGAAGCACAGCCAUUUUACAUCAGGAAAAAGCCAUCAUAUAUCACUUCAGAAAGCAUCCUCACUGCAGGAGAUCACCUUGAAAGAAAUUCAGCUUUCGUCACAAAUAAUGGGCCUGUUUCUCAUCACGGUGCAGGCAAUGCCAGACCUCCAGGAAGACACCCUUAUACACCACAGGAAAGUGGACCAUCAUCGGCCGGAGCAUUGGUGGACAGUGGGAGCCGACCACUUUUGCUCGAGGUCAGUACCCAAUCUACCCAAAAUGCACACGGCCAGACAGGUGGUCCAGUGGACAGUGGGGUAGCCUCGACGCCGUCUUCAGGCCUCGCCCAGAGGCGACCUGGAGCCUCCAGCGGCAAGCGGCGGCGGCCCAUCCACAGGAAGAGACCAGUGCCUCACGACUCGGCCAAUGUGGUGGCCACGGUCGAGGCGUCGUACGUGCGGGACAGUGCAGCUCAAGGAGACAGUGUCAAGCCGUUCCGGCCGCUGGACCCCGGCGUGCUCGACAGCCUCGUUCCGCGGGCACCCGUGACCGGCGCCGCCCAGCCACAGCCCGCCACUACCACCACCGCCCCAACCACCGCCUCCACGGUGACGCCCGACCUGUCUGCGGCGGCGGACGCGCUUUCGCCGGCGGUGCGGGAACUGCUGCAAUCGCUGGGGCUGCUGGACCCGCCGCCCCCGCCGCCGCCCACCCCGCUGCCGCAGUCGCGCGCCGAGCCCGAGGAACAGGACAUGCGCCACCUGCUGCACCGCUUCGGACUGCUGGACCCGGCGCCGCCCACCCGCGGCCGGCGUCGCCAGAAGACGCUCGCCCAGCCCCCUCCAUCUGCAGGCAACGCUGGACUAAAUGACAACCUGCCUUUUGUGUUGACGCGAACAGAGACGACUGGUGACGGCAGCGCCUCUGGCGGCAGCACGACUACAUCGACGACCCCGCUGACGCUGGACGCCAUAGACACGAGCAUGCUGACGGACGAGAUGCGCGCCGUGCUGCACAACCUGGGCAUCGUGCCCGGCGCUGGCCGCGUCGACGAGGGGCCAACGACACAGCCGCCAGUGGCGUCCCACACCACUGUCCGUGAGUCGACGACAGACGGUGGGAAUGGCACCGACGACUCCACAGUCCGACAAGGGCCAGAGCAUGUAUUCAGCCCGACGUCCCUGAAGCACUCGGAAGAGGAAACGGCAAGGCUCCAGGCGGUGCUGGACUCGGUUCGCCAGUUCGCCGCCACACACCUCAACGUGACGUACCCCGCCAAUGGCAGUGGCACCACUGAAGCGAUACGGGACAGUAGGGGCCUCCAGCCGACCACCAGCGCGUCCCCACUGGCUGCGGGGCCAGACCCACUCUCAUUCGACGAGCUGUUGGCGGAGAUCAACAGCGAGGAGUCCAGGAAGAACGAGGUGAAGCGCCAGCAGCCCACAGACACCAACAGCACUGCUCCGACCGGCGCUCCAGCGAAGGAAACUGAAGAAGUCACCAAUCGCGCCAAUCGCACCGCGGAGGACGAGGCGCGCGUGCAGGCACUGUCGGAGUCUUUCGGUGGAGACAACGGCGGCGGCGACAUCGGUGACUCAGACUACGAGGAGAAGGAGGGUGGCGGUGAGCAGGCGGUCCAGAGGCCCAACGGGCUCUACUUCCUCUUCGACUGGAACUCCUUCCUCAGGGUCGGCGAGGAGGACAAUCCGCGCGUUAACCUGCGCUUCUCACCCAGGGCGGGCAACCCACGAAACUUCCUCCCCAUCACCGUGCCCUAG